AUGAUGUGCUGCAGGGCUUUACAUGGAGAGCUGAACCACAAAAACGACAGAGGGCUGUGGAUUUGGAGCAAACCUUUCAUCAUUGAAAGACAUGGUGAUAAGGUGGCUGUCUUCCUGGUAGACAGUGAGGGUUCACUGAACAUUAAAGAAAACAAAGAGAGCAUGGUGAAGAUGUCCACUAUAAGCAUGAUCCUCAGCAACUACCUGAUCUACAAUACUCAGAACAAAAUGAAUACUGCGGAUCUGGAGUACUUGGAGAUGUUUCUCCACAUUGCGAAUACUGUGGAAGAAAUCUUCCAUGAUCAGACAAUUCAGCACAUGGACAUUCUGGUUCGUGACUAUAAACCUGCAGAAUGUACAUCUAAACAUGCAAAGAAGUAUCUGACUCAACUAACCCAGGACACUGAAAGCUCUUCCAAGUUUCCAAAAUGUCUAAACAUUCUGAAGCAUAACAGUGGGUGUUAUCUCAUGCCCAAUCCAGGGAUGGAUAUUCCAUAUAGCAAGACUGGAACCUUACAAGAGAUGGGUCUAGAAUUUAAGAAAAGCAUGGAAGUUUAUGUUAAACGUGUUGUGGACUCAGCUGCAGUUUCUGUGAAAUCCGGACUAACAUGUGCAAGUUUGGCAGAGAAAAUAAAGGUAUUUGCAAACGUCAUUAAGAACACUGAAUAUGGACUUGGUUCACCUUUGGAGAUGAAAGAAGCAAUGGAGAAAGAGAAGAAAAAAAUGAGAGAAGAGGAGAUGGAAAGGAUGAAAAAGAUGGAAAUCAACCUCCACAACCAGAGAGUCAUGGACAGCGCCCGCAGAGACCAUGCAGUCUUUCUGAAGGAGAAGGAUGCCCUGUCCCAGCGAAUGAUCCACUGUCUGAAGGUGACACCGAGCGCAAUGGCAAAGCAGUUGGUGAAGCAGCGCAGGUCAUUGCUGGGGCAGUGGCAGAGAGAGAUGAAGGGGCAGGAGAAGGAGACCCUACACACGGCGCUACAGGAAGAGCUGACUCGGGAGGACGAGACCUUCCUGGAGACCUACAGAAGGCGCUAUGAGAAUCACACCAUCAACCAGACAGUCAUGGAGAGAGCCCGCCAAGAGCACACUGAGUUUCUGAAGGAGAAGGAUGCCCUGUCCCAGCGAAUGAUCCACUGUCUGAUGGUGACACCGAGCGCAAUGGCGGAGCAGUUGGCGGGGCAGCGCAGGUCGUUGCUGGGGUGGUGCCGGAAAGAGAUGAAGGGGCAGAAGAAGGAGACCCGACUGACGGCGCUAGAGGAAGAGCUGAAUCAGAAGGGCGAGACCUUCCUGGAGACCUACAAAAGGCGCUAUGACAGUCACACCAUCAACCAGAGAGUCAUGGAGAGAGCCCGCCGAGACCAUGCUGACUUUCUGAGGGAGAAGGAUGCCCUGUCCCAGCGAAUGAUCGAUUGUCUGAAGGUGACACCGGGCGCAAUGGAGGAGCAGUUGGUGGAGCAGCGCAGGUCGUUGCUGUGUCAGUGCCGGAAAGACAUGAUGGAGCUGGAGAAGGAGACCCGACUGACGGCGCUAGAGGAAGAGCUGACUCAGGAGGACGAGACCUUCUUGGAAACCUACGGAAGGCGCUAUGAGAGUCACACCAUCAACCAGAGAGUCAUGGAGGGAGCCCGCCAAGAGCACGCAGACUUUCUGAAGGAGAAGGAUGGCCUGUCCCAGCGUAUGAUCGACUGUCUGAUGGUGACACCAAGCGCAAUGGCGGAGCAGUUGGCGGGGCAGCGCACGACGUUGCUGGAGCGGUGCCAGAAAGAGAUGAUGGAGCUGGAGAAGGAGACCCUACUGAUGGCGCUAGAGAAAGAGCUGGCUCAGGAGGCCAAGACAUUCCUGGAGACCUACAGAUGGCUCUAUCAGAGUCACACCACCAACCAGGCAGUCAUGGGGAGAGCCCGCCAAGAGCACGCUGACUUUCUGAAGCAGAAGGAUGGCCUGUCCCAGCGUAUGAUCGACUGUCUGACAGUGACACUGAGCGAAAUGAAGGAGCAGUUGGUGGGUCAGCGCAUGACGUUGCUGUGGCGGUGCCGGAAAGAGAUGAAGGAGCAGGAGAAGGAGACCCUACUGACAAUGCUAGAGGAAGAGCUGACUCGGGAGGACGAGACCUUCCUGGAGACCUACGGAAGGUGCUAUGAGAGUCACACCAUCAACCAGAGAGUCAUGGAGAGAGCCCGCCAAGACCACACUGACAUUCUGAAGCAGAAGGAUGCCCUGUCCCAGUGUAUGAUCCACUGUCUGACGGUGACACUGAGCGAAAUGAAGGAGCAGUUGGUGGGUCAGCGCAUGACGUUGCUGUGGCGGUGCCAGAAAGAGAUGAAGGAGCAGGAGAAGGAGACCCUACUGACAAUGCUAGAGGAAGAGCUGACUCGGGAGGACGAGACCUUCCUGGAGACCUACAGAAGGCGCCAUGAGAGUCACACCAUCAACCAGGCAGUCAUGGGGAGAGCCCGCCAAGACCACACUGACAUUCUGAAGCAGAAGGAUGGUCCAUCCCAGCAUAUGAAUGACUGUCUGAUGGUGACACCGAGCGCAAUGGCGGAGCAGUUGGCGGGGCAGCGCAGGUCUUUGCUGGAGCAGUGCGAGAAAGAGAUGAAGGGUCAGGAGAAGGAGACCCGACUGACGGCGCUAGAGGAAGAGCUGACUCAGAAGGCCGAGACCUUCCUGGAGACCUACACAAGGCGCUAUGAGAUUCACACCAUCAACCAGAGAGUCAUGGAGAGAGCCCGCCGAGACCACGCUGACUUUCUGAGGGAGAAGGAUGGUCCAUCCCAGCAUAUGAAUGACUGUCUGAUGGUGACACCGAGCGCAAUGGCGGAGCAGUUGGCGGGGCAGCGCAGGUCUUUGCUGGAGCAGUGCGAGAAAGAGAUGAAGGGUCAGGAGAAGGAGACCCUACUGAGGCUGCUAGAGGAAGAGCUGACUCGGAAGGCCGAGACAUUCCUGGAGACCUACAGAAGGCACUAUCAGACUCAGGCCAUCAACCAGAGCUUCAUGGAGAGAGCCCAACAAGAGCACGCAGACUUUCUGAAGGAGAAGGAUGCCCUGUCCCAGCGUAUGAUCGACUGUCUGAUGGUGACACCGAGCGCAAUGGCGGAGCAGUUGGUGGAGCAGCGCAGGCUGCUGCUGGGGAGGUGCCAGAAAGAGAUGAAGGAGCAGGAGAAGGAGACCCGACUGAGGGCACUAGAGGAAGAGCUGACUCGGGAUGCCGAGACAUUCCUGGAGACCUACAGAAGGCGCUAUGAGAGUCACACCAUCAACCAGGCAGUCAUGGGGAGAGCCCGCCAAGAGCAUGCUGACUUUCUGAAGGAGAAGGAUGGCCUGUCCCAGCGUAUGAACGACUGUCUGAAGGUGACACCGAGCGCAAUGGAGGAGCAGUUGGUGGAGCAGCGCAGGUCGUUGCUGGAGCAGUGUGAGAAAGAGAUGAAGGGGCAGGAGAAGGAGACCCGACUGACGGCGCUAAAGGAAGAGCUGACUCGGGAGGCCGAGACAUUCCUGGAGACCUACGGAAGGCGCUAUCAGAUUCAUAUCACCAACCAGACAGUCAUGAAGGGAGCCCGACAAAAGCACGCUAACUUUCUGAGGGAGAAGGAUGCCCUGUCCCAGCAUAUGAACGACUGUCUGAAGGUGACAGCGAGCGCAAUGGCGGAGCAGUUGGUGGGGCAGCGGAGGUCGUUGCUGGGGCAGUGCCAGAAAGAGAUGAAGGGGCAGGAGAAGGAGACCCUACUGACAGCGCUAGAGGAAGAGCUGACUCAGGAGGCCGAGACAUUCCUGGAGACCUACAGAAGUUGCUUUGAGAUUCACACCAUCAACCAGACAGUCAUGGAGAGAGCCCGCCGAGACCAUGCUGACUUUCUUGCAGAGAAGGAUGACCUGUCCCAGCAUAUGAACGACUGUCUGAAGGUGGAUCCAGACGCAAUGGCGGAGCAGUUGGUGAAGCAGUGCACGUUGUUGCGGGAGCAGUGCAAGAAAGAGAUGAAGGGGCAGGAGAAGGAGACCCGACUGACGGCGCUAGAGGAAGAGCUGACUCAGGAGGCAGAGACAUUCCUGGAGACCUACAGAAGGCGCUAUGAGAAUCACACCAUCAACCAGACAGUCAUGGAGGGAGCCCGCCGAGACCAUGCUGACUUUCUGAGGGAGAAGGAUGGCCUGUCCCAGCAUAUGAACGACUGUCUGAAGGUGACACCGAGCGCAAUGGCGGAGCAGUUGGCGGGGCAGCGCAGGUCGUUGCUGUGGCAGUGCCAGAAAGAGAUGAAGGGGCAGGAGAAGGAGACCCUACUGAGGGCGCUAGAGGAAGAGCUGACUCAGGAGGCCGAGACAUUCCUGGAGACCUAUGGAAGGCGCUAUCAGAUUCACACCAUCAACCAGAGAGUCCUGGAGAGAGCCCGCCGAGACCACGCUGACUUUCUGAGGGAGAAGGAUGGCCUGUCCCAGCGUAUGAUCGACUGUCUGAUGGUGACACCGAGCGCAAUGGCGGAGCAGUUGGCGGGGCAGCGCAGGUCGUUGCUGUGGCAGUGCCAGAAAGAGAUGAAGGAGCUGGAGAAGGAGACCCUACUGGCGGCGCUACAGGAAGAGCUGACUCGGGAGGACGAGACCUUCCUGGAGACCUACACAAGGCGCCAUGAGAUUCACACCAUCAACCAGACAGUCAUGGAGGGAGCCCGCCAAGACCACACUGACUUUCUGAGGGAGAAGGAUGACCUGUCCCAGCGUAUGAUCGACUGUCUGAUGGUGACACCGAGCGCAAUGGCGGAGCAGUUGGUGGGGCAGCGCAGGUCAUUGCUGGGGCGGUGCCAGAAAGAGAUGAAGGGGCAGGAGAAGGAGACCCGACUGGCGGCGCUAAAAGAAGAGCUGACUCAUAAGGCUAAGACAUUCCUGGAGACCUACGGAAGGCGCUAUCAGAUUCACACCAUCAACCAGAGAGUCACGAAGAGAGCCCGCCGAGACCACACUGACUUUCUGAGGAAGAAGGGUGCCGAGUCCCGGGGUUGGAUCUUCUGGCUGCUGGUGUCGUCAAGCGAAAUGGCGGAGCAGUUGGCGGGGCAGCGCAGGUCGUUGCUGGAGCGGUGCCGGAGAGAGAUGAAGGGGCAGGAGAAGGAGACAAUACUGAGGGCGCUAGAGGAAGAGCUGACUCGGGAGGCCGAGACAUUACUGGAGACCUACAGAAGGGGCCGUUGGUUUCCCUUUUCCUAAGUGGGGCAGAUAGGAGCGAGGGCUGCGUCUGUGGGGUCUGGUAUUCCGUUGCCGUGGCCGCAGAGCUCAGAAGCGGCAGUUGG